CUAUUUUGGCGGGAGAGAGAAUGCUUUUUUAGCUGAGUGUAGCUACCUAAUUAUUAUUUUUUUAAAAAUAAAUACCUAAAUCAUGGCUAAUUCUAAUUAUUUAUCCGUUUUCGAUAUUUUGGUAUCUAAUGAAAAAGUGCCUAGUAAAUUUUUGCACAAUUUGCCUAGAAUGGGCUUCCUAGAUCCAUCUGCUACCGAAGAAGAUUUAAAGGCCGGUUCAAGUGUCGAAAUUCCCUUGUGGUUAGCGGAAUCUUUACAUGCGAGACGUCCUCCUUUGGUUAACGUAGAUUUACCCAAGAUUUACAAAGAUGCCUACAGAGAAAUUCUGAAUGCUGAUGCCUGCACUGUGGAUAUGCAUAAAUUAGGGCAAUAUUUUUAUGAAUUGGGAUAUUACAUUGCUAAAUAUGACAUUAAAGGAGAAGUUGCUACUACCCUUGUGAAUACUUUCAAACAGAGAUUUAGAAUGCUAUUAGCGGCAAGUGUGUCUAGUGAUUCCCUUGGUUCUAUGCAGCCACUUUCUGCCAGUGAGCGAGAACGGGCUGUUGCUGCGGCCAAAACUGAGAGAGCACUAUCCACCUGGCUUCAGAGAGGAGACUCUCCACUCACAACAGCUAACAUGGUUGCCAAUCAUAGGAAACGAAAGAGAGCCGAAAUGGAAAUGAUUUAGAAAUAGUUAUAUUUUAGUUUAAGCCAAAUAUUAAAUAUCUAAUGGUUAUUAUUUUACGCGAACCCUGAGCUUUGGGGCAUCAUGGCUCCCAACAUAUCCGGAAACACAUGUAGACAACAGAGAAAUAUUUUCAUGUAAGAAGAUAAGUAUUGCAUUUAAAAAAAUUAUGAGUAGUAAUGGAUUGUAUUUUUAUUCUAUAAAAAUAAUUUUUCCCUUCAUUAUUCAAUAUGGUAAAAUAAUGAGACCAAAUUUAUAAUUAGAGAAGUUUGUUUGCUAGUAACAGUGGUUAAUGUCAGCCUAUAAAUAAAUGAAAGUUCAAACAG